CACUAGCAUACAGUAAGCAUCCACGAGUAGAAGAAUUCCUAAUCAAGAUAAACAUAGACAGUAAAGAAAAGUACACUACACAUUAGCAUACAUUCAACACUGCAUCACCAAGAAUACGAUACGAUACCAUACGAUACGAAACCAAACCAAACCAAACCGUACCAUACCAUACGCCAACGCAACACGAACGUCACAAUGAUAAGUGUGCUCCGCAACAAGACUCUCGUGGUCUCCGCGCUUGCGAUUCUGCUAUCCUUUGCGGGCAAGAGCCGCGUCACCGCACAAACCGCUGCGGCCUGCAAGCCUUCCGAUGGUGGCACGUGCGCUUCCGAGGCCGGUGGCGACCGAAACGACAAAAAAGCCGCAUCUGCCGCCGACGCGAUCCCCUCCCUGCUCUACAGCGCCCGGCAGCAGGACAACGACGACGAGCAGAACGCCAGAAAAGCAAAGGAUUUCUCCGAGUACUUCUCCGCCUACGGAGAGCUACACCACCAAAAGGACAUGCUGACCGACGCACACCGGAUGGACUCGUACUACACCGCCAUUUCCGCCAACGCGGAGGCCGCCUUUGCUGGAAAGGUGGUCCUGGACGUGGGCACCGGAUCGGGGAUCCUGGCCGUGUGGGCCGCAAAGGCCGGUGCCAAAAAGGUCUACGCGAUCGAGUACACGGGCAUGGCCGAAAACGCCAGGAAACUGGCGGAAGCCAACGGAGUGGGGGACGUCGUCACGGUCCUGAGGGGAACCGUCGAGGGCAUCCGCCUGCCGCUGGAGGAAGACGGCCUGCUGGGGGACGACUCCGGAGGCGAGGGAGCAAGCGAGCGGGUCGUCGAUGUGAUUGUCAGCGAGUGGAUGGGCUACGUGCUCCUCCGCGAAUCGAUGCUGGAUUCCGUCCUGGUGGCCCGCGACCGCUACCUGCGCAGGGACACCGGGCUGAUGUUCCCCUCCCACGCCACGGUGCUGAUCGCCCCCAUCUCGGACGAGUCCCGCCGGACCGAACGCCUGGCGGACUACGAGGACAGCAUGGCCGACUGGCACGACUUUGUCGACCAGACCUACGAAGACUACGGAGGGGUCGAUUACUCCGUCCUCACCCGGGAUUUCGACCGGGAGCAGAAGGAGUGGUACCUUACCCAGGGCGAGUGGAGAGAGCUGGGGCGAUCGCACAUGGUGGCGGAGCCCCAGGUGCUCAAGACGCUGGACCUAACGACCUGCACCCACGAGGACACCAGGGGGAUCUUUUCCGAAAACAGCGGCAGCGGCAGCCACGGCAACGUGGACACGAAUGCCUUUGACUUUGUCAUCGAUCCGAAAGGGCCCUACAACAACGGUUCCGGUGGUAUCACCCUUGCCGUCUCGGGCCUCGCGGUUUGGUUCACCACCGACUUUCGGUCGCGGACGGACCCCCUCGCUUCAAGGGAGGCCCCGGUCCUGUCCACCCCCGUCAAACUGGACACCGGCCCCGAGCAGGGCUACACGCACUGGGGGCAGCAGGCCUUUUACUUCAAGGACCCGGUCCUGGUUCCGAACGACGAAGCGGGCACGCACACCACCUACCGUUUGAAGGGGAGCCUCGAGAUGUUUCGGGCCAGAGACAACACUCGCAUGUACAAGUGCCGGAUCAAGCACAGCGGAGAGGAAACCGAAAACGAGACGGCGGAGGUGAUCGGAAAGACCCGGCUGGUGGAAGCCGUCUAUUCGGUGCCCUGAGGGGAGGAACCGGCCCGAAAACAAGCCUUGGUACAAGCGGCUUUCGUCCACGGGGGCAACCACUGGGGUCUGGGUCGGUGCGUCUCGGGUUUCUUUUUGGAACGAGAAAAAGACCACCAUUGCGAUUCCUAAUUCUGCGUACUGUAGCAUUUUUUAAC